UCAAAUUAUAGUUAUAUAUUUUAGAAACACAUUUAUCUCAAUUGUAACUUUUACGUCUAGAACUCCAAAUAACCAAAUCAAUGUCUACUUGUGCCUCCUUGAGGAAUGUUUCAGUUGUGUUCAAUUAAUUCAUGAUCACUUCCUUUCUGGACUGCAUUGUUUUGUCAGUAUUUUACAUUUUGUAAGGACCCCAGUUUUGGGUUAAUACAUCUAAAUCUAAAUACUUAUUUUAUUUUACUUCCCGCUUUUUCACAUAAUAUAGGUGCAGUUUAAAUGUGAUCAUUUGUACAUCAAAAAAUGAGACUACAAUGUAUAAAGUUGAUUAAAACUGGAUUCAGCUUUGUGUUUACACUAUACUACUACUAUACACUAUAUAACUUACAUACGUUUUUGCUUAUUUUACACUAUGUUGAAUUUGAUUUAAUAAAUAAUUGGCUAAGACUGAGAUUUGUGACCACUUACCCACAGGAGGUUUACUGCAGAACAGAUCCACUAAUUCUAAUGUGUGUUUUACAGUCAAUUAGACUUUGUUUGUUUAUAUAUAUAUAAAUACUAUAUAGUAUUUGCGUUACUAAUGUGCAUAAUACAUCCAGUGUGCCCACCCUCCUAUACCCACACCACCACCUAAAUCGAAACGAUAUAUCCAGCUCAUGAAUUAUUCUCAUGUAGAGUCACGAGUUUUUGUACCUAAACCACAUUAUUGUCACAGAGGAACAUUGGAAUUAUAGGAAACAAUCUGCCACAGGAACUCAAUGACGUUGCUACCAAUAGUCGCGUCACUGUGUGUGGUAUACGUGAUCUCAUUGACAGUUUCCUGUUUCUUGCAAUACUUCUGAAGACUCAAAGAAACUGACAACUCUGACCAACAUACACCCAAACACCAACACUCGAUUGCACAGGCUUCCUUUAACACUUCAUUUGACUCAGCUUAAGGGGAAAUCUCCAGAUGGCUUAAAGUCGUCAGUUGUGAAUUUAGUGGUGUCUUCGACCUAGUGAUUACUACAGUGUCAUCAUAUGACUUCAAGAGAGUGAAACUAACACUCAUCUAAAAUUGGGUGUUUAACUUCCUCACGGUCUACUCUUCCAACAUGGACUUUGUUUUGGUUUUUCCACUGAUUCUUGCCUUGCUUUCCACCGGACAGAGUUACACUGAGGUUACAGAACAAAAUGGGAGUUCAUGUCAUAAAAUGUGCCCACCUGGAUAUCAUAAAGUCGGUGACUGUGAUGAUCCAGUGGCAAAGCACAAAUGUAAAAAAUGUGGUAUUGGCACAUUCACAGCUAUAGAAAACACAAUUGGACAUUGCUUGAGGUGUACCUCUUGUGGUAAUCAUGAGGUGGAAAGAAAGCCCUGCUCCUUUAAUAGUGAUGUGGAAUGUGACUGUAAAGAGGGAUACUAUAACUCCCAAUCAAACUUGAGCUCCACCACAAGGGAUUGUGAGAUAUGCCCCUGUGAACAUUGUGAAGAGCCUGAUAAAUACCAAAGUACCUGCCAGCCCUGCAAAAGUUGUUCACACCUCCCGGACUGCAAGAGGAAAUGUAGAGCAAGUGCAUUUCCAACUUCAACAGAUCUAUCUACAUCUGCAACCACAUCUGCAUCUCCAGCUGCAGCUACAACCACAGCUUCAAACAACACAUCAAAUCCUAUUAUUAAUCCAGUUACAGCUAACUUGAACGAAAUGCCCUGGCUGUUUCUCAAGGUGUUUUUGGUAACACUUCUGGUGACAUUUCUGGUGUUCCUUUUGCGCCUGCUGCUCUUUGUCAGGAAAUUGUUCAGAUACCCAAAUUGUCUUUGCUGGAGUGCAAAAAAAGAGCUGAAGCUGCCUGUUGAGCAGCCCAAAUUCAAUGAACAAAGCAGUCAUCACGGCAUCAGCCGCAACACGCUGACAUUUAACAUCUCUGAGGAAACUCCCAUGAUGACUUGUAGUCAAAGUCCAGCCACGCCACAACAUCCAGCCCACAUCGCUUCUCUACUAUCAGACUACACAGCUGUCCGACAAGAUGAGCAAUCAGAGCACUGGCCGGCCAUUGUCCUCUAUGCAAUUAUCAAGGAGGUGCCCUUGCGUAGGUGGAAGGAGUUCUUGCGUCUGCUCUCUGUGGCUGAUCAGCAGCUGGAACGAGUGGAGCUAGAGUCCGGUUUGGGUCUGAGCUCCAUAGAGAGGCAGUACCAGAUGCUGAGGCUGUGGAGCCAGCGCCCCUCUGCAAGCCUGAAUGACAUCUUCUCGGCAUUGCACUACAUGGAUUUAUCCGGCUGUGCCCAGCUGCUGCAGGAAAGCUUGGAUAAGCUGCAGCGGAGGCCUGAACUGAAGCAAGGUUUCACAGCCUGCAGAAGUUACACAGACCAUGGCUUCAAUGGGGCAAUGCAGGACACCUGAGGCACCUGGGGACACACGCACCACACUAUCAUACAAUAAGAGACAUCAGUGCUUCAACCAUGGAGGCCAGUUCCUGGAAGGGAUGUUCCUUGCAGAAUGCAGACUGCAUUCAUGUCACAAAUAAUAAUAAUAAUAAUAACAACAAUAAUAAUAAUAAUACAUUUUAUUAAAAGGCGCCUUUCUCUGCACUCAAAUGACUCAUAAUGAGUAAUGUAGAUGUAUAUUAUAGCUUAAAAGUUAAAUU